AUGGCUCCCUCGACCGCGUUCAGGAAAGCGACAAAGAGUGCUUUUUCGCCGCCUCGGCCGGGGAAGUCCAAGACGGCCACGAAGUCGACGAAAGAGAAGAAGGGCACAACGAGAAAAAGCAACGCAGCCAGACACAGUAGUUUGGGGGGAGUGGGAAACUCGAAAAUCCACAAACAGAAGCAGCGAAAACCCAGAGUGGGAAGACAGGGGCCGAAGCCGAAACGAAAAGGGGCUGCCGCGGGGACGAUGAGAGCCAUACUUGGAGAGGCAAGCUCGGGAGACGACGAUGAAGAUGAAGACCAACGUGGUGCUGGGUCGGAAGAUAACGCGAACAUGGACACUGCGGUCGACGAGGAUGAUAACCUUGUGGAUGAGGAUGAGGGUGAGGAUGAUGACGACGACGACGACGACGGCGCACAAGAAUCCGAAGACAAAGACUCAGCCGAAGAGGAACCUUCCCUCCCUCCCGACCGCACCCUCACUCUCUCCUCCCCCGAACCCGACUUCAUCCUCGCCGAAGUCACCAACACAUCCACAUCCUCCACGACCCUGAACCCGCCUAUCCCCCUCCCACUCAUCCACAGAAUCAUGCACACGCACUUCUCUUCUCCAAACAAAACCUCAAUUUCCUCGGACGCGCGACACCUCAUGGGGAAAUACACCGAGAUCUUUGUCAAGGAGGCGAUACGCCGGUGCGUGGAUGAUAAACGAGAGCGCGCUGCCCACCAAAACGGGGAUGGCGAUGGUGUGGUAGUGGGGGAUACGGGGUGGCUUGAGGUCGAGGACCUGGAGAGAGUGGGCGUGCAGCUGUGUUUGGAUUUCUGA